AUAGAAAAGGAAAAAGGAGAUGAAUACUACGAAACUAUUUCUGUUCAUACGGAUAAUACAGGUUCUUCACCAAAAGCAGUAAAGUCUUCUGACUCGAUUACAAGAAUAUACGCUUGCGCUACUAUGUGGCAUGAAACUAAAGACGAAAUGAUGGAGUUCUUGAAGUCUAUCCUGCGGUUGGACGAAGACCAGUGCGCUCGACGUGUGGCUCAGAAAUAUUUGCGCGUGGUCGAUCCCGAUUACUACGAAUUCGAAACUCACAUCUACUUGGACGACGCUUUCGAAAUAUCAGAUCAUAGUGACGACGAUUCUCAGGUGAACCGUUUCGUUAAACUUCUAGUCGACACGAUUGACGAAGCCGCAUCGAAUGUGCAUCAGACAAAUAUCCGAAUUCGCCCUCCGAAGAAAUAUCCCGCACCGUACGGUGGCCGCCUGACUUGGGUAUUGCCAGGAAAAACGAAAAUGAUUUGUCACUUGAAAGAUAAGGCAAAGAUUCGACACAGGAAACGUUGGUCUCAGGUGAUGUACAUGUACUACCUUCUGGGCCAUCGCCUAAUGGAAUUGCCUAUACCCGUGGAUCGUAAGGAAGUUAUGGCCGAAACACAUUUUGCUUACACUUGAUGGAGAUAUUGAUUU